CUGUCCCAGAUUCUGAGUUAGGCCGCCUACACUGAGCGUCCGCAGCAAGCUCGGGCUCUCAUUGGGCUAGGCAUUGGGGGGCCUGGGCUGUAGGCCUGAUGUGGACGGAUCGCAUCCCCUCUGGUCGCCAGUGAGGACAGGCACCGUGAGGUUUCCAGAAGCAAACCCCCUUUCACACUGUUUAAGGACCCUCGGGUGUGUCACUUGACUCCAGUGAACCUCAGUUUUUACAUCCAUAAAAUGGCGAUGGCAAUUAUGCUGGCCUCACCGUGUCUAAGAGAUCUAGAAAAGAGUGAAACCAGUCCGUGAAAGAGCCUGGGUUGUUGACAAGUUUUCUUUUGUUUUUACUUGGUUCCCCUGUAAGUUAAGGGGUGGGGCGCUACAAACCAAGCCUGUGGUCACUGAGGCCACGCUUGAGCCUGGGGAGAGGAAGAAUGCCAAGUCCGGUCCAGAAGCAGAGAGUUUGGGAGCCUGCGGGAGCUGGAGGCCAGUAGCUGUUCGCCUGGAUUCCUGGUAGCGAACAAGAUGUGGCCUUUGGACCCGUCCCGGAGAGAGGUGCUGAGGUUUGCUGUCCACUGCCGUGUCCUGACUCUGGUGUUGCAGGCUGUCUUCAAUGCCAUCAUCCCGGAUCAUCGCGCGGAAGCCUUUUCUCCUCCCCGCCUGGCCCCCUCAGGCUGUGUGGACCAGGCUGUGGAGGUUCUCCUGGGCGGCCUGUCUCGCUGGGAUGCUGAGCACUUCCUGUUCAUCGCUGAGCAUGGCUACCUCUACGAGCACAACUUCGCCUUCUUCCCAGGUUUCCCCUUGGCGCUGCUGGUGGGGACCGAGGUGUUGAGACCCCUGCGAGGGUUCCUGAGCCUGAGAAGUUGCCUACUGAUUUCAGUCGCGUUGCUCAAUUCCUUGUUCUUUGUGCUGGCCGCACUGGCGCUGCAUGACCUGGGCCGUCUGGUUCUGCACUGUCCCCGCCAGGCCUUCUACGCUGCGCUGCUCUUCUGCCUGAGCCCCGCCAGUGUGUUCCUGGCAGCCGGCUACUCUGAAGCUCUAUUCGCCUUCCUGACUUUCAGUGCCCUGGGGCAGCUAGAGAGGGGCCGAGUCUGGGUGAGUGGGCUCCUCUUUGCUCUGGCCACCGGUGCACGCUCCAACGGGCUAGUCAAUGUUGGCUUCCUCCUGCACACUCAGUGUCGAGGCUUCUUUUCUGCUGUUGGAGUGCGGAGUGCCCUGAGACCGCUCUGGAAGCUGAUGACCUCUGUGUGUCUGUCGGUGCUUGCACUCGGCCUUCCCUUUGUGCUCUUUCAGUAUUAUGCCUACAGCCGGUUCUGUGUGCGGGGCGCAAGCCUCCCCAUUCCCAAGCCCUUGGUGCAGUUAGCAGUGGACAAGGGCUAUCGGGUUGCUGGGGGAAGGGAGCCGCCUUGGUGUUCCUGGGCCCUCCCCCUGAUCUACAACUAUAUCCAGGAUGUCUACUGGAAUGUUGGCUUUCUGAGGUACUAUGAACUCAAACAACUGCCUAAUUUUCUACUGGCUGCCCCAGUGGCCAUCCUGGUCGCCUGGGCAACUUGGACAUAUGUGACCACCCACCCUUGGCUCUGCCUUACACUGGGCCUUCGAAGGAGCAGGAAUGAGGCUCUGGAGAAGCCGGGUCCUGGAUUCCUCAGUCCUCAAGUGUUUGUCUACCUCGUGCACGCGGCCGUGCUGUUGCUGUUCGGAGGGCUAUGCAUGCACGUGCAGGUCCUCACAAGGUUCUUGGGCUCCUCCACUCCUAUCGUCUACUGGUUUCCGGCACACUUGCUGCAGAGUCGGGAGAUGCUGUUGAGAACUCUGGAGACCACGCCUGAGAGGCCUCAUGCAGGGAACUUCCCGCUGCGACAGACAGUCCCCAGAAAUUGUAUCAUGGGACUUUUGUACAACUGGAAAACCUGUUCUCCAGUCACCCGAUGCAUUCUAGGCUACUUUCUGAUUUACUGGUUCCUGGGACUACUCCUUCAUUGCAACUUCCUGCCUUGGACAUGACCUGGUGUCUGAAGGGACAAGUUGGAGGCUUAAUGCAGAAGUGUGG